AAAGCGCUGGGGCUACACAGGAGGAGGCCAAAUAAAAAGCAGCUGAAAUGGCAGCCACAGGAGCCAAACCGGCCCAGGAUUCCGCAUAUUCUUUUUCUCCCGCGCAUUCGCACUUUUCUUUAUAUUGCACUUGCAAUUAUCGCCUUUGUAUUUAUUUUCCAGCCUGCCACAGCAACACAACGGCUCGAUUAUUUGGCGGACCAAGCCCUUCCCCCUUCUUGUGUUUACUUUUGCACACAAUUUAUUUUUCACCUCUACUCGCUCAGCUAUUCUACUUUACCUUCUCGUGAGAGUUGUUUUAAUUUUCUCGUUUCCACUUGCCCCUCUGCAUAGACAGCGUACCUUUAUUUUCUAAAAACAGCUCAGUAUCAACAGAAGCCAUGGGUUGCGGAGCCAGCAAAGAAGACCUCGACGAGAAGCGGGCCAACGACGAGAUUGAGCACCAGCUGCGUCGCGACCGCAUGAACAUGCGCAACGAGGUGAAGAUGCUGCUGCUCGGUGCCGGUGAGUCUGGCAAGAGCACAAUCAUCAAGCAGAUGAAGCUGAUUCACGACGGCGGGUACAGCCGCGAGGAGCGUGAGUCGUUCAAGGAGGUGAUUUUCUCGAAUGCAAUUCAGUCGAUGCGCGUGCUGCUGGAGGCCAUGGACACGCUGCACAUCCCGCUGGAGCGGGCCGAGUACCAGCUGCACUCGAAUGUGAUUAUGAGCAUGCCCAGCCAGAUUGAGGCAGACGUGCUGCCGUCAGACGUGGCCGAGGCAGUGCGGGCGCUGUGGACGGACGGCGGCGUGCAGGCGUGCUUCCGGCGGUCGAACGAGUUCCAGCUGAACGACUCGGCAUCGUACUACUUUGACUCGAUUCACCGCAUCAGCCAGCCCGACUACCUGCCAACGGACCAGGACGUGCUCCGGUCGCGUGUGAAGACAACGGGUAUCAACGAGACGAUCUUCCGGGUGGGCGAGCUGACAUACCGCAUGCUGGACGUGGGCGGGCAGCGGUCGGAGCGCAAAAAGUGGAUCCACUGCUUCGAGAACGUGACUGCGAUUCUGUUCCUGGUGGCCAUCUCUGAAUACGACCAGGUCCUCAUUGAGGACGAGACAGUCAACCGCAUGCAGGAGGCGCUGACGCUCUUCGACUCUAUCUGCAACUCGCGCUGGUUCGUAAAGACCUCCAUCAUCCUGUUCCUGAACAAGAUGGACAUCUUCCGGGACAAGCUGCCCAACUCGCCGAUGAAGAACUACUUCCCCGACUACCAUGGUGGCAGCGACAUUGACGCUGCGUCCGAGUACAUCCUGAAGCGGUUUGUGUCGCUGAACCAGUCGGAUGCCAAGCAGAUCUACACGCACUUUACCUGUGCCACGGACACAAACCAGAUCAAGUUUGUCAUGGCUGCAGUCAACGACAUCAUCAUCCAGACCAACCUGCGCGACUGCGGGCUGCUCUAAGCUCAUGUUUGCUCUAUUUCCCCCUGCUAAUUCUUUUCUAUACUGUGCCCACCAAAUACCCUCCCUUUCUCCAAUCCCCUUUGCCCGUUUCAGCCAUCCGACAGCAAGCCCGGGUGCCCGGUGACGACAUUGGGCUUACAAUAGCUCCUUUCUAUUACUACUCCUCCACUACCACUCUCUUCCCUACUACUCUACUCAAUAUACCAGCUCAUCUCUGUCCCUCGUCACCCUUUGCGGCUCUGCGCACAGCAUCUGGAGGCGUGAGUC